GCCGGAACAGCCGGCAGCGAUCGUGGAGGGGGAGCUGGGCCGGGGGGCAGCGGGAGCGGGGCGGCUGCGGGGAUGCUGCCGUCUGCCGUCCCCGGGCUGAUGUUGGCUGCCGUCGUGGCGCUGUUGGUGGCCGUGUUCGUGCUGCUGCCGUCCGCCCCGCCGCUGCGGCACCGCCUGCUCCGCGCCGCGCUGCUGCGGGCCUCGGGGUGGCAGCGGCGCCGCCUGGAGCUGCAGAGCAUCGACGUGCGGCACGGGCAGGAGCGGCGGCUGCGGCGGCUGCUGCCCCGCGGUGCGGCCCCGGGGUCCGACGCGUUCCGGGAGCGUCACCCGCUGAACCCGCGCUGCGACGACGGGGAGCGAGCGGAGCCGCUGCCGCCGCUGAGUCUGUGCGCCGCGCUGCGGAGCUGCUGGAGCGCCGAGCCCGCGCUGCAGGGCGCCUUGUUCUACCUGCACGCCCUGCACCGCACCUUCCCGCAGGCGCUGACGCUCCGUGGCACGGCCGUGCUGGGCUGGGCGCCCGCCGCUCCCCGCGCCCCGGGGUUGUGCCCGCUGCCCACGCUGUACUGCUCGCCCCCCGAGGCCGCCGCUCUGCCCGUGCGCUCCGCAGCCCUGCGGGUGCAGCUGCUCUUCGCCCUGCGGACGCGUGCGCUGCGCGUGCUGGAGGCCCGGCUGCCCAACGAGCUGCACGACGCGCUGAUGGUGCUGCGGGAUGGCUGGAACGAGCUGGCCCACGAGCUGGCGCUGGGCACAAUGAGCCCCCGGCCCGGGCUGCCCGAGGAGCUGCGGGGUCGGCUGCAGGCGCUGCUGGUCCCUGACGGCGCGCGGGCGGCAGAGCUGCGGGCCGAGUGUGAGAGGGGCUUCCAGGGCAUCGUGCGGCGCCUGUGGCCGCAGCUGCAGGUGGUGGUGGUGGGCACGGUGCGCGGUGGGGAGCGGCUGUACUGCGAUGCCCUGCGCCGGGUGGCCUGCGAGGGGCUGCCCCUGUACUGCCCCUGGUACCGGGUGGCAGGAGCUCUGCUCGGUGUCAACCUGUGGCCAAAAGAUCCCGUGCCUCGCUUCGUGCUGUGCCCAGAGUGGGCGUUCUGUGAGUUCCUGCCCUGCCCAGUGGAUGAGGAGGAGGAGCAGCGCACGGUGCUGCUGGGCGAGCUCUGGGAGGGACGCGAGUACAAAGUGAUCCUCACUGCCCGGCCUGGGGAGUACAGGUGCCUUGCUGGAGAGGUGCUGCGGGUGGCUGGCUUUCAUAAGCAGUGCCCUAUGGUGGAGCCCAUGCGCAGGGAGAGCCAAGCGCUGAACGUGCGCGGUGAGAGCAUCCCUGAGGAUCGGUUCUGCCACAGCCUGUGCCGUGCUGUGGGCAUGUGGCCGGGUGCCCGGCUCAUGGACUACAUCUGUGUGGAGAGCACCUUGCUGGGUGCCUCCUCAGGGGCCGGUGCCCCCCAUUACGAGGUGUUCGUGGAGCUGCGGGGCCUGCGGGACCUGUCAGAGGGGCAACGCCACAAGGAUGGCUCCCGGCAGCGGCCCAUGCAGAAGAAGACGGUCUCCUUCAGCACGAUGCCCAAUGACCGGAAGAUAAACAGUGCAGCUGCCUGCAUCUCCUUCAUGCUGGAGGGCUGUGAGCUGAAGAAGGUGCGCUCCAACUCCCGGAUGUACAGCCGCUUCUUUGUGCUGGACACUGACAUGCGCUCCGUGCGCUGGGAGCCUUCCAAGAAGGACUCAGAGAAGGCCAAGAUUGAGAUCAAGUCGGUGAAGGAGGUGCGUGUGGGCAAGAAGACACCCAUCCUGCGCAGCAAUGGCCUGUCCGACCAGUUUCCUGAUGAGUGCGCCUUCUCCAUCAUCUAUGGAGACAACUAUGAGUCUCUGGACCUGGUGGCCAGCUCAGCCGAUGUGGUGAGCGCCUGGGUGAUGGGGCUGCGGUACCUGCUGUCCUACGGGAAACACACACCUGAGGCUCUGGGGUCUGGCCACCCCAGCCUGCGCACCUCCUGGAUCUCCUCCGUCUUCGACCUCGCCGACCUGGAGAAGUCCGGCCACAUCCCCGUGUCCCGCGCCGUGCAGCUCAUCAAAGCGCUCAACCCUGGCAUGAAGGCGUCCACCAUUGAGCUGAAGUUCAAGGAGCUGCAGAAGGCCAGCGAGCGUCCCAGCACCGAGGUGGCCUGCGACCUCUUUGUGGAGGCGUACUGCGAACUCUGCACCCGGCCCGAGAUCUUCUUCCUGCUGGUGCAGUUCUCCAGCAACAAGGAGUACCUGGGCCUGAAGGACCUGCUGACGUUCCUGGAGGUGGAGCAGGGCAUGGAGGGCGUCACGGAGGAGAAGUGCUUGGAGAUUGUCAGCAAGUACGAGCCCUCCAAAGAGGGCCGGGAAAAGGGCUACCUGGCCAUCGACGGCUUCACCCGCUACCUGCUCUCCUCUGACUGCUCCAUCUUCGACCCGCAGCACCGCCGGGUGUGCCAGGACAUGGCGCAGCCUCUCUCCCACUACUACAUCAGCUCUGCCCACAGCGCCUGCCUGCUGGAGGACAACUUCUGGGGCCGCUCAGACAUCAGUGGAUACGUCAGUGCUCUGGGGCUGGGCUGCCGCAGCAUUGAGCUGGUGCUGUGGGAUGGCCCCGAGGGUGAGCCUGUGGUCUACACCAGCCCCUCAGCCGCCUCCUGCGUGCCCUUCCGCUCCGUGGUGGAGCUGAUCGACCAGCACGCCUUCGCCGCCUCCGCCUACCCGCUGAUCCUCUGCCUGGUGGUGCGCUGCUCUGCUGCCCAGCAGCGCCUGGCCGCCCAGUGCCUGCGCAAGACACUGGGUGAGAAGCUCUACCUGGAGCCGCCUGACCCCGCCGCCUCCUAUCUGCCCUCCCCAGAGCAGCUCAAGGGCCGCAUCCUUAUCAAGGGCAAGAAGCUGCCACCCAGCUGUGAGGACAGCGAGGGGGAGGUGUCGGAUGAGGAGGAAGGCUGGGAGCUGGCACGGAGGCUGGGCCAGGAGGACCGUGAGGUGGCGGAAGGGGGGGUCCCGCGGCGUGUGCGGCUCAGCCGUGAGCUCUCGGAGCUGGUGAGCCUCUGCCAGGCCGUCCCAUUCCAGGACUUUGAGAGCUCGCGGCGCGGGCAGCGCUACUGGGAGAUGUGCUCCUUCAGUGAGGUGGAGGCGGGCCGCUUCGCCAACGAGUGCCCAGCCGAGCUGGUGAGCUACAACAAGCGCUUCCUCUCCCGUGUCUACCCCAGCCCCAUGCGCAUUGAUGCCAGCAACAUGAACCCUCAGGACUUCUGGAAGUGCGGCUGCCAGAUGGUGGCCAUGAACUACCAGACGCCGGGGCUGAUGAUGGACCUCAACGCAGGCUGGUUCCGGCAGAACGGGGCUUGUGGCUACGUCCUCCGCCCUGCCAUCAUGCGGGAGGAGGUCUCCUACUUCAGUGCCAAUGCCAAGGAUUCCCUGCCUGGGGUGCCUGCGCAGCUCCUGCACCUCAAGGUCAUCAGUGGGCAGAACCUGCCCAAGCCGAAGGGCUCAGGGGCCAAGGGGGAGGUGGUGGAGCCCUACGUCUGUGCUGAGAUCCAUGGCAUCCCAGCUGACUGCGCUGAGCACCGCACCAAGACGGCCCUGCAGAGCGGGGACAACCCCGUCUUCGAUGAGAGCCUGGAGUUCCAGAUCAACCUACCCGAGCUGGCUGUGCUGCGCUUCGUUGUGCUGGAUGACGACUACAUUGGGGAUGAGUUCAUUGCUCAGUACACCAUCCCCUUCGAGUGCCUGCAGCCCGGAUACCGCCACGUCCCGCUUCAGUCACUGACUGGGGAGCCCCUGCCCCAUGCCACCCUCUUUGUGCAUGUGGCCAUCACCGACCGCCGCGGGGGAGGCAAGGGGCACCGCCGGGGGUUGGCGGGGCGCCGGGGCCGCCGGGUGCGUGAAUAUACCUCCACCAAAGCCACCGGCAUCAAGGCCAUCGAUGAGGUCUUCCGGACGGCCACUCAGCCCCUGCGGGAGGCCACCGACCUGAGGGAGAAUGUGCAGAACGCGCUGGUCUCCUUCAAGGAGCUGUGUGGCCUGACGCCCGCCGCCAACAUGAAGCAGUGCAUCCUGACGGUGGCUGCAUGGCUGCUGCACAGUGACAGCGCACCCAGUGUCACCCUCAACCUGGCUGAGCAGUACCCCCCCAUGGAGGCACAGGGCCCCAUCCCCGACCUGCUGCGCAAGGUCCUCACUGCCUAUGAGACGAUGAUCCAGACCAGCCGGACGCUGAUCGAGUCUGCUGACGUGGUGCACAGCAAGCUCAUCCAGGCACAGCAGGCAGGUAUGGACUUCCACAAGGAGCUGCACCGCAUCGAGGCCAAGGAGGGGCUGCGGGGACGGAAGCUGCAGAAAGCACUGGAGAGCUUUGCCUGGAACAUCACCGUCCUGAAGGGCCAGGCUGACCUUCUCAAGCACGCCAAGGCGGAGGCGUUGGACAACCUCUGGCAGAUCCACAACGCUGGGCAGUCCUGCGGCAUCGGCAGGAACGGUUUGGCCUCGCCGGAGCCCUCCCGGCUGCGCGCGCCGCUGGAGCCCAUCCCUGAGGCAGAAGGAGGCAGUGAUGCAGCGUCCUGCUGACCCCAGUCUGGGGCUCAGGCAGCCCCCACAGAGCAGCCACUGCUGCAGGAACAGGGACUAGAGAACCUGUGGCACAGUUGGGGAUGGGAGCAGGAAGGAUGCUGAGGGGCUGAAGUGGGGCCAGCACAGUCAUUUGCCUGCACUGCAGGGAACUGGGGGGGGGCUCACUCCUGUCUGUUCACUCUGACUUCCCAGGCCUCUUCCAUCUGCUUCCAGAAUGGGUGCUGUGCAGUGGGGCCAGAGGGUUGGGCUGCUGGCACCCAGCUGUGUGCGUGCACCCCCAGCCUGCUGUGCCACCCCCCUCCCCAUUAGAACCGCCCCAGCUGUGGGCUUCGGCUGUCAGGGCUGCAGAUUCUGCCUUUGCUGGCCCUGGAGACAGCCUGCAUGGCCGGAAGGGGCUUGACCGACCCCUGUCCCUUCUCACAGGGUCUUCCCAGGUAUCCUCAAGCCCCUGCUGUGCAGAGGGGCUGGGAAGGCACCUGUAGAACAGCUGGCAAUGGGUCAGGGGCUGUGGGACCACUGCAGAGCGGAGCUGCUGGGGGCUGUGUCCUCUGGCAUCAGGGAACUUAUCCCGGUCUUGUCCCACAGGGGAGCACACCGCAGGUGUGGGCGGUGGGUGAGGGGUGGUCUGGGGCUGCAGAGCGCUCUGUUUAUAAAAGUGUGUGAGACCCA